AUGACGAGCCUCAUUAAGAAAUCGAUUUUGAAGUUUCUCACUCAAUUUACGACCAACUUGACCCCGGAUGACAUUCAGCUCUCCUCGCUCAAGGGAGAGGCUGAGGUCAGGAAUCUUGAAUUGUCGACUUCCGCGCUGCAAAAUCUUCUCAACAUUCCCACAUGGCUAAAAGUCAACCAUGCGAAAGUGAACCACGUUGGGUUGAAAAUCCAUCUGAUGUCGAUUCAAACCAAACCGAUCAAAAUCACCUUCGAUCACGUGACUCUAGAAGUCGAAGCGAUCCAAAGUCCCAGAGCUCCUAAUGGACCCUCCCCUCUCCAAGAUAAUAGGAAGAAAAUUCAAUGGGCGAGUUUCCGCUUAGAAGCGACCUGGCCCGACGCAGCUCCGGUGAAACUGAUCACGAACCAAGGAGAAGUGCGAAUUCGACUGCGAAGAAGAAUAGCAGAUUGCGUCGUCAUUGCGAACAAACUAGAAGUGCUCCUGGAUGAUCUUCUCUGGAUUCUUUCCGAUCGACAAAUUCAAGCGGCACUUCUGUGCGUGAAAUCUCUCAGUGACGCGAUUGAAGCUUCCAGGAGGCAAAUGAUGAAGCUGCAGAGGUCGAAUUCGGACAUGUCUUUGGCCUCAUCCGAUACGGCUAGUUCCACUACAUCGCCGGAGAAUCAUUUGCAAGAGUCCUCGCAACACUUUUCGAUUAACAAAUUGGACUUGCAUAUUUGUGAAGAGUCAGCCGAUGCUUCUUCAGUACAACUCUCGCUCUACGACCUCGCGGUUGAUCUUUACCCCGGCCGUAAAGCAGCGAAGUCGCGGAAAGAAUUCAUUCCCUACACUUCGGCAAUGAUGGCCCGUGACAAAUGGGUUGAGCCAAUUCUCAAUGUCUUCAGAGAUGAAUUCAAGCUUUUGCGAGAAAAGUCAAAGCCGGUAGAAAGAGUGACGAAGCUGAAAGAAAAUGUCAUUGUUUUGAGGCUCAGAAAUGUUGAUCUCUACCAGGUUUCAAGCCCAACAAGACACAAUAGCGAAGGAAAGAAAUUGUUUUCUUUUGGAGGAAAGAAACUGAAUCUCCCAUCAGAAAUCCCACUCUUUCAUUAUGAAGCUACAGAGUAUUACACGCCAGAUGGAAGCGAUUAUGUCCUGCCGCACAACAAUCAGUACAUACAGGUGAAUGCGCCAGUGAUAGAUUUCGACGAAGAAACUAUCAUCUGGAUGUCGAAGAUUCUGACGAAUGCUUCAAAAUGCAUCAACGAAGCUCUAGUUGAGCUUGGGCUCGACGAAGAGAAAGACCAAAGUGCUGUUGAUCAUGUGGAUAUGCUCGUAGAUCAUAUUUGCCUCUUAUCUAACCUGGUCGAUAUCUACCAAUUCAUCGACAAGUCGCCCUUCCAAAUCCACUCGUCUAAACUUGCCCCCUUCAUCGCUGCCACAAAAUCGCAAUCACCAACUCUCGAAAAGUACUUGGCGCAAACGGCGAAACCCCGAUUUUGUCGCGCCGCCGUGAUUGCAAAAGCUCAAGAUGAUCUAUUCACGGUUCAUGUAUCAGAUGUCUUUAUCGAGAUUGGAAAAACAAAGCCAAAGAAACUUAUUCUACCCAUUUCUGUUGAUGUUUACGCUCAGUUAGAAAAACAGAUCAUUGUCCAUGUUCCAGAUGUUUUCACUUCCGUCAAUCAUGAUGACUUUAUAACUAUUCUUCAAUUUCUCGACCAACUGACUGAAAUGUCGAAAAAGAUGCUCCCUGAAGCUCCAGAAGAUGAAGCAGUCAACAAAACACCCUCGCCAAAUAUCGACGUCCUCGUCAAAUCCGCCGAGCUUGACCUCGAGCUCGUGCCGUUUUCUUCAAAACUCUCCGACCCUCCACCUGAGCCUGCUCUCAAAGGCAUGCCAAAGCAAACCCCCUUCCAACUCCCGAAAUCCCUGUUGCAAGUAAAACUGGUUCCGAUCCUCGUCAAAAUUCUGCCCGACGGGGAGAUGACAAUUUCUUCAAAAGUGCACCUUCUCAACAAAAGCUAUUUAUCCAAGACGAAAGAGAAAUUCUCUAGCUACCUUCUCAACGGCGCUCGAGUUUCGUCCGUCGCCAAUCAGCCCACACUAGAAGUACAGAUCAAAGACGAUGAUAUUUUCGUAAAAAUUCAAAAUACGAAGAUUGAAAUUUUAAGCUCAAUCGUAUCAGACCUAGGCCCAUUCGCCGAAUCGCCAAUUCCUCCUUCCAUAGACGGACCUACCAUUCACAUCGCCCUUGAAAACGUCGGCUUGAUUCUUCUCCCCGACGUCCCUCCAUUUUAUGAGAAAACAGUUGUGACAGAUCUUCAAGUCGGAAUCGAGCAACUUUCAAUUGCCAAGCUUCCUAAUGGAUCUCUCAGCAUCGGAAAGCUCGUUACAUGUCCCGAUGUUCCUGGACUUUCAGCAGGUCCUCUGUCGAUACAGGAAAAAACGGAGAAAGCUCCGAAACCACCACCUAGAAAUCGUUCUCUUCAUGUGCAAACAAAAUCGGUCGAGACGCAAACUGACCCUACUACUCCUCGUUCUCUUUCGCCAGAACAAAUUGAAUACAACGAUGGGAUUAUUGGAGAUCUCCAGGAUCGCAAUUUGGCUCUAAUGCGUGAAAGAGAAGCCCUAAGAGAAACACUGGAGCAAAUGCAAGAUGCGAUGAUUGAAUCCGAACAGCGAAGGUCACUGGUUCGAAUCCGGUUCGACGGAAACUUUUUCGCCGCUGUUUUUAUGGAGCCGCGCAUGUCAAGUCUUGGUUCGAGCAUUCCAAGGCCGAAUUUGAGCCAUUGCAGUUCGCCGAGGUUUUUUACCGAUGGAGAUGAAUCGGAUAACACACCAAAUCGUAAAGCAGAUACUAGCUUGGGCGCUACAGCAAAACGCUUCGUUACUCUACUAACAUCAUCAAAUGACCAAACAAUCGAACUCAAUGAAGCUGCAAGACGCCUUCAAGCUCCAAAAAGACGAAUUUAUGAUGUAACGAACGUCUUGGAAGGUAUUGGACUGGUCGCGAAAAAGACAAAAAAUCACUUCCAAUGGGUCGGUGGAGAUGUAGAUACUGAAAACAGCGUUGAAAACGACGAGCAAGAAAUCGCAAAUUUGAGAAAACGAGACGCAGAGCUAACCCAAGCAAUUGAACAACAAGAGAUUCAGCUUCGAUCACUGACGGAGUGCAACGACGAAUUAGGAUACGUCACUUGCGAUGAUUUACGGUCGAUAUUCCGAAAUCACCUCGUUCUUUGCUUGAAAGCACCGCCAGAUACGAAGGUAGAAGUUCCAGAGCCAUCAGCAGGGACGGAGUUUCCUUAUGAAAUGCGACUCAAAUCUACGAAGGGAGUGAUUGAUUGUUACUUGUGCCCAGAAGAUAUUCAAGGCGCGAGUAUGAGUGCAUCAGCGCUUGAAAAUAGUAAACGAGAUACGACUCUGACGACAGAAGACGAGGAAUCAGAAGUCGCCGACAACGCAAACAGUUCGCACAACGAUUCGAAUGGAAGCACCAGUCGGUUUCUUCCAUUUUCGCCUCUCUCAGAAGCAGACUACCUGUUCACAUUGGACGAGAACGAAGGCCUUCAGAAUCUCUUCGACAUUCAAUAG